AAGUCCGUAUUCGGAUUGCAGCCUACCGCAGCCGCGCAGUGAGGUGGAGCUUUGCGCUUCAAACUAGAAACCCUUGCUUGCAGUGCCGCCGCGAAACAGUCACUUCUUUCAACUGCGAGUACAGUGCGCGACACCAGCAGUGGUGCGUUAGGAAAAGUGUUCACGUGCGUUUUUCUUUAGGACCUCGCGUUGGUCUGAAGUUUUAUACUACCACUAUAACAUAAGGGAUUCUGUUAAUUAUACUAAAAGGCAGUUUUUAAUUUCCGAUAGAACAACCGUUUUCAACUUUCCGUCUCAGCGACGAAUGGUACAGUUACAUAACACUUUGCCUCGGGAAGUUAUGCGUACAGUUUGAAUUGGAAGCUUGCCAAGAACAGGUGGGCAUAUGUUGCGCUGCUCGUUAAGUAUAUUGACUUAGCCGUUGGGAUUCAUACCGAGAAUACUUUGCUUCAGAUGUCCGUUGCUGACAGAACUGAUUGCAUUUCGGCUCGCGCAGGGCGACCUGCUGGCCAUUGUUUUUCUCAGAUCCACGCACUAUCGCAGAAGUAAACUGUACGGAGUCGUAAGGUACUGUAAUCGGGAUGCCUGCAGCGGACAGAGAGAUGGUCAUUGACGGUACUCGGCUUUUUGGGUUCAAACCGACAGCCUGUGUGGCGGAGAACGUAGCACCGCCGCCCCUGAAUGGCUCCACGUCGGGGGACAAACUUCGCAAUUUUUACCACACCAAGAGGGUUGGGAAUUAUCUGAUUGGAAGGAAGCUUGGAGAGGGCUCCUUCGCCAAAGUUCGCGAGGGUCUGCACGCAAUGACCGGGGAAAAGGUGGCGGUGAAGGUGAUCGACAAGCGGAAGGCCAAGAAGGACUCGUACGUGACGAAGAACCUGCGGCGGGAGGGCCAGAUCCAGCAGAUGAUCCGGCACCCCAACAUCACGCAGCUGCUGGACGUGCUGGAGACGGAGAACAGCUACUACCUGGUGAUGGAGCUGUGCCCCGGGGGCAACCUGAUGAGCCGCAUCUACGAGCGCAAGCGCCUGGAGGAGCGCGAGGCCCAGAAGUACGUCCGCCAGCUGGUCAUGGCCGUGGAGCACCUGCACCGGGCGGGCGUGGUCCACAGAGACCUGAAGAUCGAAAACCUUCUGCUGGACGAAAACGACAACAUCAAGCUGAUAGACUUUGGCCUGAGCAACUGCGCGGGGAUUCUGGGAUACUCGGACCCGUUCAGCACGCAGUGCGGAAGCCCCGCCUACGCGGCGCCCGAGCUCCUGUCCCGGAAGAAGUACGGGCCCAAGGUGGACGUGUGGUCCGUAGGGGUGAACAUGUACGCCAUGCUGACGGGCACUCUUCCCUUCACCGUGGAGCCCUUCAGUCUCCGCGCCCUGCACCAGAAGAUGGUGGACAAGGAGAUGAACCCUCUGCCCUCUCACCUGUCUCCAGAUGCUGUCAAUCUGGUGAAGAAGCUUCUGGAGCCCGACCCCAUCAAGCGGCCCAACAUCCACCAAGUGAUGUCCGACCCCUGGCUGAACCUGGGGAACCCCCAGACGGGAGCGCCCUACCUGAACAGAAUCCACAUAGAGGAGAUAAACCACAUGGUGCUCCUGCACAUGACGGAGAAGAUGAGCUACAAGCACAGCGAGGUCCUGAGCGCCGUGCUGACCAACCGGGCCAGCCACACCCUGGCCGUCUACUUCCUGCUCAACAACAAGAUGAGGCGGCUGUCCAAGGAGUACAGGGAGAAGGAGGAGGUGCUGGAGAAGGAGAAGAAGAACGAGCUGUUCCAAACGCACUGGAGGAAGCCCAUCGAGAAGAUCACCAUCCCCCCGAAACAGACGCCCAUCUACCUGGCCCUCAGCAAGGCCCCAUCCAAGGACAAGAAGCAGAAAAUAGGUCUGCUGCGCUCCCUGGCGGGGGGCAAGGACUCCGGCCUGGGUCCUGGGGGGAGCGUGGCCUCGUCCUCGCUGGAGUACCUGGAGAUCCACCCGCUCUUCACCCGCACGCCGCAGCCAAUCAGACGGCUGGGGACGCAGCCGCCGCCAAUGCCGCCACGCGAGCAGGGCCUCCACGACAUGGACGUGCCCGCCCUGGCUCCGCCCCCAGCGCCCGCCCCCUCGCCCGCUAGCCUGGGCUCCCACUCGUGGGACUCGUUCUGCGGGGAGCCCGUGGAGAAGCCGCCGUCGCCCUGGUACAAGCUGACCAACGGCGCGCUCUCCCCGCCCCGCCACAUCUCCGCCUUCCAGCCCGACAGCUCCUACCUGAAGAAGGCCACCAUCCCCAGCCCGCCCGUGCUCGUCGCCCCCGCCGCCCAGCCCAGGAAGGCCCCCCCCAAAUCCGACUGGACCAGCUCGUCGGACUCCAGCGGCAGCCCCCCCAGCGGCGGCAUGGCGGACCCGGAGAGCCCCCAGCACCGGAGCAGGUUCCCCUCCAUGGGCAUGGGCCAGAUCCUCAAGAAGAAGAUCCCCCAGCUGGGGUUCAAGUCGGGCCCCUCCCUGGAGAUGGACACCCCCGGGGGCCUGCCCCCGUACCACAUGCAGACCCUGCUCUGCGCGUCAGGGGCCCUCAAGACCCUCUGCUGAUGCAUUGUGGGAGAAUCUAGAAAGUAGACUGAAAAGCAGAGUGCCGUGUCCACUCGGACCGGUCGCUCGUCGUCCUCCGAAACUCUCCUCUUUUGAGGCAAGACAGGGUAACGUCCCGUGCCCAUUCUCUCCUUUUCGGUCCCCCUGAUGUGAACCAUCAGAAGAUUUUUAAAAAGACACUAUGGGAGUGACCGCACUUUAGUCUUAGAUGCAUUGUGCGCACGCUGACGCCUGGCACAUUGACAGCGUCGGUCUACACGACUCUUGCUCUCCACGGCUUGUAAUAUGUAUUCAGGGAUACUAGUUUUUACACAAAAUUGUCCUCGUCCCUCUGAAAUAGAUGCUGCAUGCCACCGGUGACCGGGAACGCGGUUAGCGGACUUCCUCCACGUGACAUCACCGACCCCGAAUGCCUGGGCAGUCCUUUCUCGAGGCCCCAUUUCGGGAAGUGUCACGUGUGUUAUUAUCCUCCUCGCGAUAUAGCGGACUACUGUGCUUGUGUGACCGUUUGUGAAUCGUGUCUUCUGUUGUCUCGGUAUGGGUCAGGACCGUCGAACUUUUCUUACUCCUCUUUUUAAGAACGAAAGGUGUCUGAUCUCUGCAGAAAGCAACGAAUGGAUUGUCUUGUUUUUUUUUUGUUUUUUUUUGGAUCUGACUGUUAAAGGAUGGGCUGUUCUGCCUAGCAGAUGUGUCUGCCCACGGUUUAUAGCUUCCAUCACGAACCCUACUGGGAAACUGCUGUGUAUCGAUCGUUAUGUGCACCUGUGUGUAAGCAGUACUUUUCUUCUCUUACCGAAAGACGGAACUGCAAACUACUCGACAAAUGCUGUACGAACAUUUGAAAAGCCUUAACACUAUCUCAUAUGACACAGCCUCUCCAAGGUGAACAAAGUAUUUAAGUAUGACUGUAACUCCGUAAAGCCCUCAAAAUCACCUGAACACAUCCAGCAUAGUAAUAAUAGAAUUCUUUGCAAUAUGUAUUAUGCAAUACUUAAGUUAGAAAUGUCUUCACAUAGAAUAUUGCCAAAAAAAAAUCUGGUUCUGUGAUUUGAAUAUACAUGUUGAUACAGUAGUUAAGUUUUCUUUUCUGAAGGAUGAAUGAAUUUACUGUGAAGGGUCUCAUGGUGAUUUGGGUUUUUGAAAAAUGUUAAUUCCUGCAGUGGUGGUAGUUUUAUGAUAGUAAAAAUGUGUUUUUCCAUCUUUCAGCUGCUUUAUAUCCACAAAGGGUAUUUACGACUGAGAUUGAAUUUCUUUGUCAGACUUUAUAUACCAACCGUGCAUGCAAAGAGGUUAGACUUUAAUAUCAACUAACAGUUGUUAGAUUAAUUGAUUUAACAUUUUCUGUGUAACUUUUGUUCACAUGAGAAAAAUGGGUUUUUUUUUU